AUUUAUUGAUGGGGCCUUCAAGUGGUAGAUAAAACUCUGAUGUAAGAGCUCACCAAAUGGAGAUUUGGAUCUUGCUCGGCCCUGCUCAUCUAUUGACGAGGUCUUGGGGCAAGCUCGAGGAAAACACUGAUGUAAGAGCUCACCAAAUGGAUAUUUGGAUCUUGCUCGGCCCUGCUCAUCUGUUGACGAGGUCUUGGGGCAAGCUCAAGGAAAACACUGAUGUAAGAGCUCACCAAAUGGAGAUUUGGAUCUUGCUCGGCCCUACUCAUCUGUUGACAAGGUCUUGGGGCAAGCUCAAGGAAAACACUGAUGUAAGAGCUCACCAAAUGGAUAUUUGGAUCUUGCUCGGCCCUGCUCAUCUGCUGACGAGGUCUUGGGGCAAGAUCAAGGAAAACACUAAUGUAAGAGCUCACCAAAUGGAGAUUUGGAUCUUGCUCGGCCCUGCUCAUCUGUUGACGAGGUCGACCUUGAACAGGAUAUUUGCAUCUUUGCAGCUCAUGCUCGAGCAGCUCGUGCUGGAGUUCUGCCUCAUGCCUUUGAGCUUGUCAGCUCGUGAGCUCGUGCUUGAGUUCUGCAUCAUGUGUUUGAGCUCGGCAGCUCGUGAGCUCGUGUCUGAGUUCUGCAUCAUGCGUUUGAGCUCGGCAACUCGUGAGCUCGUGUCUAAGUUCUGCAUCAUGCGUUUGAGCUCGGCAACUCGUGAGCUCGUGUCUAAGUUCUGCAUCAUGCGUUUGAGCUCGGCAACUCGUGAGCUCGUGUUUGAGCAAGAUGUAGCUCGUAGAGAUUUUCAUACUGGCAAGCUGCCUGGAGCUGGGAGGUCGCUUUGCCACAGCCGAGCUGGGGGACUGCUUGUCGCUGCUGAGCUAGGCGACUAUUUUGCCACCAUUAUCAACCUCGGCUGGGCUGUCAUGCUGCUGCCGAGCUGGGCUACCAUGCUGCUGCUGAGCUGGAGCACUGCUUUGAGCUUUGCCACUGCCGAGCUGGACUGCUUUGGUGUUGCCGAGCUGGGCUGUCAUGUUGCUGCCGAGCUGGGCUGCCAUGCUGCUGCCAAGCUGAAGCACUGCUUUGAGCUUUGCCACUGCGAGCUGGACUGCUUUGGUGCUGUCGAUCUGGACUGCUUUGUCGAGCCGAGAAGCUGCUUCAUCGCUGCCAAGCUAGGGGACUACUUUGGCACUGACGAGCUGGGCGGCUGCUUCAUUGCUGCAGACUUGGGGGACUGCUUUGUCACUGCCGAGCUAGUCGACAGCUUUGCCGAGCUGCGAGGCUGCUUCGUCGCUGCCAAGCUAGGGGACUACUUUGGCAUUAACGAGCUGGGCGGCUGCUUUGUCGCUGCCAUCAAGCUUGAGCUCGUCUUGUCUCAUCGUGGUCGCAACUUUCAUGGUGAAGCUUCUCUUUUUCAUAGAUGAAUAAACCCAUUUUGUAAAUUCACCAAAUUGACUUCUGCAACUAUCUGUAACUCAAGAGAAUAAGCCACAAGCCUUUCACACAUCUUCUCCUCCCUCUGAUCAACCGAAUCAACAUAGAAAUAAAGCUUUUUGUUCGAG